AUGGAUGCCUCGCUAGCCUCCAUCGAUAUGAACGUCCCCCAUCUUAUGCAAAAUAUUCGUCUUCUUGAUGAGAUGGAUGCUAUAGAGGCAGCAGCAGCUGAGACAGAGGCUGACCGUGAGACUAGAGAUCGUCAUCGGGCUGCUCUGCGCCUUGCGGCUCAGAAUUUAUCACAAGCCUUUCUUGAUUUGAUGCAAAGUGCAAUGCCACCUGACGAUGACGAGAUGACUGACGCAGGAGAAGCGGAUGCCACCAGCCUAGUUUCAAAUAGCCAGGACUCCAAAGGAUCUAACGAGAUUCCUUGA